UGCAACUUCUCAUCACGGUUUCCGAAGUUCCCCUCUCUCCGUCUAUAUAUAUACGUGUGUGUGUUUUAUAUCUCUACAUAUGAAACAGAGAGGGAGGGAUAAUUAAGAGAGAGAAAAUGAUGUUGUUGAUGGGAGUGAGUGUACAAUGCUUAAUGGAUUUAGUGGUUGCAGGAUUUUCACUGGUGAUUGGUUUGGGGAUUUUCGCAUUCAUCGCUUCAAUUCUUUGCUCAGCUGCUUUCUUCUACAACGCCAAGGACCUCUCUUCUUAAUACCCCAAAAACGAAGACAAAGGUGUUAAUAGAAAUUUGUGAAAGGACUCCUCUAAGAAUAAGAGAGCCUAGACGCCUCUAAAAAGGAUUUGUUUGGUAACAAAUGUUGACUUCUCAGAAUUUUUGAAUGUCGCUAUUAACUCUUUAACGGAAAUAUGAAUUAGAACCUUCAAUUGUGUUUUCCACCUCAUUUUGCGGUUCUCGAUGUUGAUGUUUAACGGAAAGCAUAUUAAAUUGCUGAUCUGAGAAGAGAAGCCUCUGAGCCAUGUUUCAGGUAAGAGUGCUGUCUCAUAGUUUAUCAAACUGUGUGAUCUAUUGCCAUGUUUCAGGUAAGAGUGCUGUCUCAUAGUUGAUCAAACUGUGUGAUCUAUUGCUGAUUUUCUGUAAUUGCCACAACAAAAUUUAAGAAAUUAUGGCUCUACAUUAAGGUGAAAUAAUGAAAUGGUAAUCUUACGAUUUUAAAUAAAAUAACUGCUUAUAGAAAUUUGUUUCAUUUUAUAUACCGUCUCUAAUAAUUUUAGCAUGAUUAAUUUUGCUUUAGUAGUUGAAUGUUUAUCAGCAAUGCCUACAUAUUACAUGUUGGUUAGAGUUAGCAUAUUAUUUUUAGUCAAAAUAAGCCAACCAAAGGUAAGUUUAGUGUUUGAGAGGAACGCGUGAUAUGAUAUCAAUUAUAGUUACUAUAGGAUUUAGUCAUAGGUCUAUUGAAACUUCUGCAUAUUCUUAAAAGUGCCAUAGCUUGCUUUUUCUAAAGCGAGAAAUAACUUGCAAUGUAUAAGAUGUGUAGAUUGUUUAGAUUGUUGCUGUAGAAAUUGUUAAUGGAUAUGUGAAGAUGGCUGGCUUCAUUGAAAUAAAUUGAGAACUUAACUGGAUGGAAGUAACAUGUAAAAUUUUCAGUCCAUGCCAUAGAGAUGAUUUCCUUCAAAUUUUUCUUUCUGCGGCACUGCUAUUGCAAACUGAUUUUUAUAAAAACUUUUUUGUGCAAAUCAGUUGGAGCUGCAAUAUAUCAGCAUUCAGUAGUAAUACCCUUUGGGGCUUUGAACUUAUAUAAAAAAAAAAAAAAAAAAACCUUUGGGGCUUUGCAAUAUAAUCAGCAUUUAGCAGGAAUACCCUUUGGGGAUUUUUGCCUCCUUCUUCAUCCUUGUGUUUUAUGACAUUCUUACUGCCUACUUCAACCGAUGUUCAAUCGUUAUGUUACUUUUCAGUGGGUAGGGGAAAGAAGUGAUUGUUGGUUGAUCUUGAAAUUACCUCUG